UCUCAGCUUGUCCUGUACUCUGCAUCAUGAACACUGUGUCAGAAGCAAAUGGCACCUUUGCCAUCCAGCUUUUGAAGACGCUCUGUGAAAACAACCCUUCCAAAAAUGUAUGUUAUUCUCCUGUGAGCAUCUCCUCUGCUCUAGCUAUGGUCCUCCUGGGGGCAAAGAGAGAGACUGCAGCCCAGAUAUCUCAGGCACUUGGUGUGAACCUAGAGGAAGACAUUCAUCAAGGCUUCCAGUCCCUUCUCAGUAUCCUGAACAAGCCAGGCAAAAAGUACUCCCUCAGCAUGGCCAACAGGCUCUUUGCAGAGAAUACUUGUGAAUUCUUCCCAACCUUUAAGGAGUCCUGUCUUGAGUUCUAUCACUCUGAGAUGGAGCAGCUCUCCUUUGCCAAAGCUGCAGAGGAAUCCAGGAAACACAUAAACACAUGGGUCUCCAAAAAGACUAAAGGCAAAAUUCCAGAGCUGUUGUCAAGUGAUUCAGUUGAUCCAGAGACCAAGCUGGUUCUUGUGAACGCCUUAUAUUUCAAAGGAAAGUGGAAUCAACAGUUUGAUAAAGAAGACACCAGUGAAAUGACCUUUAAAAUUAACAAGAAGGAGAGAAGGCCAGUGCAGAUGAUGUGUCAGGAAGACACGUUUGACCUCGCCUAUGUGAAGGAAGUACAGGCACGAAUGCUGGAGAUGCCCUAUAAGGGUAUGGAGCUGAGCAUGUUGAUCCUGCUCCCAGACGAUGGUGUGGACCUCAGCCAGGUAGAAAACAGUCUCACUUUUGAGAAGAUAACAGCCUGGACCAAACCAGACUUUAUGAAGAGCAGGGAAGUUAAAGUUUUCCUUCCAAAAUUUAAACUGCAAGAGGAUUAUGACAUGAAAACCCUGUUCCAGCAUUUGGGAAUGGUGGAUGUCUUUGACAGCAACAAGGCUGACCUAUCAGGAAUGUCUCUAGAUGAAGGACUCUGUGUGUCCAAGUUUGUUCACAAGAGUGUGGUAGAGGUCAAUGAGGCAGGCACAGAGGCUGCAGCAGCAGCAGGAGCAUCAGCUGUAUGUUACUGUCUAACUGAAGGUCAGGUGCACAUUUUCCGUGCUGACCACCCCUUCCUCUUCUUCAUCAGGCACAACAAAACCAACAGCCUCCUGUUCUGUGGCAGGUUCUCAUCUCCAUAAA